CCUGUUUCUGUUGUUUUUCGUGUUCUUGCUCGUCUACAGAGCGACCAAAUUGCAUUGCAGCCAUGGACUUCGGACUUGGCGGAGGUAUAGGGCCGACCCCAAUGGGCAUGACCCCUGGUGGUUCUGGUGGUGCUGGAGGACAAGGGGAUCAGGCAUAUGGCAGGCGAAAUGUUCGACUUGCGCCGGAAGUCAACAGGAUUCUCUAUGUGCGAAAUCUGCCAUACAAGAUCAGUGCCGAUGAGCUUUAUGACAUCUUUGGCAAGUAUGGAUCACUCCGCCAAAUCCGCCGUGGAAACGGCCCCGAGACAAGAGGAACAUGCUUUGUCGUCUAUGACGAUAUCUACGAUGCCAAGAAUGCUAUGGAUCAUUUGAGCGGAUUCAACGUGGCGGGCAGGUACUUGGUGCUUCUGUACUAUAACCCGACAAAGAUGCAAGCAAAGGUGGACGCCAAAAGCAAACGUGAUGAGAUUGAGAGGCUCAAGAAGAAGUUCUUGUGAAUUAUUACGGCCGCUAUCAGCCUGUGAGAGCCGAAUUCGAUCGGCAUUCUGAAGCCUCCCAGGCCAAUUGAGACAUGUACGCAUGGGGUGAAUCGCUCUCGUAUCACGGCGCCAUUUUGGAGAGUGGGACUUGAGACUGCGCCUGGAUUCCGCAUGACUAGUGACGGGCUAUGCCAG